AUGCUGAUGGCCAUGGGCAUCACCCACGAGGACAUGGAAAAACCCUUCGUCGCCAUCGCCAACCUGGCCAGCGACGUCACCCCCUGCAACGUACAUCUAAGCCGCUUCGCCAACGGGGCCAAGGAGGGUGUUCGCGCCGCCGAAGGAAUCCCCUUCGAGUUCGGCACCAUCACCGUCAGCGACGGCAUAUCCAUGGGCACCGAGGGCAUGAAGACCUCCCUGGUCAGCCGCGAGGUCAUUGCCGACUCCAUCGAGCUGGUGACCUUCGGCGAGCGCAUGGACGGCCUCAUCACCAUCGCCGGCUGCGACAAGAACAUGCCCGGCUGCAUGAUGGCUCUGGCCCGCCUCAACGUCCCCGGCAUAUUCAUGUACGGCGGCUCCAUCAUGCCCGGCCAGUACAACGGCCGCGACGUGAACAUCCAGGACGUCUUCGAGGCCGUCGGCGCCUACGCCAAGGGCGACGUUACCUUCGAGGAGCUGCGCGAGCUGGAAUGCGCCGCCUGCCCCGGCGAGGGGUCCUGCGCCGGCCUAUUCACCGCCAACACCAUGUCCACCGCCAUUGAAGUUAUGGGCAUGUCGCUCCCCGGCGACGCCUCCAUCCCCGCCAUCGACCCCCGCAAGCUGGGCGAGGCCCGCGACGUGGGCCGCACCCUGAUGCGCCUGCUGGAGGAGGACGUCCGCCCCCGCGACAUCAUGACCAAGCAGGCCUUCGAGAACGCCAUCACCGUGGGAGUGGCCAUGGGCGGCUCCACCAACAUCGUCCUGCACCUGCUGGCCAUCGCCAACGAGGCCGGAGUGCCCCUGGGCCUUGAGGACUUCGAGCGCAUCAGCGCCGGCACUCCCUACAUCGCCGACAUGAAGCCCGCGGGCCGCUACGUGAUGGCCGACCUGUCUCGCUACGGCGGCAUCGCGCUGGUGAUGAAGCGCCUGCUCGCAGCAGGCCUGCUCCACGGCGACGCCAUGACUGUCACCGGCAAGACCGUCGCCCAGAACCUAGAGGGCAUCACAGUGAUCGACGACCAGCCCAUCAUCACUCAGGUGGCCGGCCACCAGGAGCGCGUCUACCGCGGCCCGGCCCGGGUCUUCGACCAGGAACCCGCCGCCUUCCAGGCAAUCCAGCGCGGCGAGGUCAAGGCAGGCGACAUCGUGAUCAUACGUUACGAGGGGCCCAAGGGCGGCCCCGGCAUGCAGGAGAUGCUGGGGGUGACCGCCGCGAUCGUCGGCCAGGGCCUCGGCGACGACGUUGCGCUGGUCACCGACGGCCGCUUCUCCGGCGCCAGCCACGGCCCAAUGGUAGGCCACGUGGCCCCCGAGGCGGCGGUGGGCGGCCCCAUCGCGCUGCUGCGGGAAGGCGACGAAGUCACGCUCGACAUUCCGGCCCGCCAGUUGAACGUCAAGCUCACCGAGGAGGAGAUGACCGACCGCCGCGCCAACUGGCAGCCCCUCCCGCCCAACUACACCACCGGCGCCCUCGCCAAGUACGCCAAGCUGGCCUCCUCGGCAUCCGAGGGCGCGAUUACUCGCUAG